AUCUUGUGUGGACAUUCUCCAGGGUGAUGAAGAAGACGAUGUAGUUAUUCGGCCUGAAGAAUAAACAACGUUGUUCGGUUUUAAAACGUACAUUUGUGUGAACCGUGACAUUAAAUACCAUGGCCGGUAUGAGGAGAGUUAACGGGAAGUUCUCUGGAAUCAACCCCGCUGUCAGUUGCUGUCGCCUGCGACUGGUUCAGUCUCUGCUCAGUGGGGGUGGCAAUGCCACUCCUGAUGGCAUCCUGUGCUCUCUUGGAAUUGACAGCCGAUAUAAUGAGGGGUGCACCGAGCUGGCGAAAUACCUGUUCUAUGAACUUUAUGGAAGAAAUCAGCUGAAUCUCGAACAUGUCCUGGAGGAAUUUCCUGAUGAAAUGCUGGAUGAUGUUAUCCUGCUGAUCAAGGCGGAUUGUGUUCAUCUGUACUGCAACCCAAUGAACUACAGUUACCUGUUGCCCUACGUGUCCCACUGGAGGAACCUGCAUCUCUACUGCAUGACCGAGGCAGAGUAUGAAGAUGAGGAGGCAGCAGAGGAAUUCAAAAUCUCCAGUUUUGUCACAAUGGUGCAGGACUGCUACCGUAUCGGAGUACCUUACAGCUCACAAGGACCCAUCCAGAGGUUUGAUAUGUUUACGGUGGAAAAGUGGCCCCUGAUUCAAGCAUUUGCCCUGGAAGGCAUCGGUGGAGGGAGCUUUUUUACCAUGAAAUACAAGCUAAUGGACAUGAGUGAGAAGCUGUGGCAGGUUUACAACAGACUCGACCCAGUGUCCCUGGAUAAUCUACUCACAGAGGACUUGAUUAACUUUGAGAAGCAGUGGAGUGGCUUUUUCUCCAGCAUGGAUCUUGAGAGCCAUCUGUCCAUCUUAGAGCUAUCUGAAGCACAGGCAGGAGAGGCAUUCCGUACUUAUUACUCUCAUGGACUGAUCUCAAGCAACAUCACAGAUAAAAGUACAAGUCAGCAGCCCUUUGUGUUGUUUGGGAAGCAUUCAUCCUUAGAGGAUUUGGAGAGUUAUUCGUUCAACUUUCCCUCAGAGAGUCAUCAGGUCCGCAACACAGGACCUCUGGGUUCUGCAGCCAGACAAAUGAUCCUGCAGUGUGUGGCUCCCAAAGGACCUCUAGCCUGCUCUCGGACCUAUUUCUUUGGGACCACCCACACUCCAUACCUUGGAAAUCAAAACACAGAGCAAAAGAAAACAGAAGUCUUAGUUUUGUCACAGAUUUAUUCAGCGGCUGUUCAAGCAGUCCUGUCAGGAAUCAAAUGUUACUCCUGUACCUCCAGUGCUACCAAGGCUAAGGAUGUAGCAGAGAACACCUUUCUAUUGGCUUUGGACUCAAUGCAUUUGAGCCAGUACCGCAGUUCUCUCAGGUCCAAAUGUGAAUUCGGCAUUCAAGCAGUGAAUAUGCAAGGAAGGAUCAUUCCUCUGACUGAUGAAGACAGCCGUUACGCAGUAAAAACAGCCUCCAUGACUGUCCAUGACAUCCCGAACCUGCAGUGGGGCGGGGGCAACCUGGGCUCUGUGGUCUUCUCUGAGUCCUUCUUGGAGUCCAGCAUCAACAUUCAACAGAAAGAUGGCACUGUGUCCUCAGACAGCUGCUACACCAUCAUGACUACAACUGUGCCUCGAUACGCCUGCUGGCUGAUGGAAUCUGAUGUCAAGCAAUCUGAGCAAGCCCAACAUCUUGCUAAGAAAGAGGAAGGCACUUGUUUGGGAACCGCUCUGACUGUAGCAGACGCUGCGUAUGUGUUCUCCAGCAGCCAGCUCUCCACACCCGAAGAAGGAAAAAUCAUUUUCUUCUCCGAGGGACUCCUGUUUAUCCAUUCUCAAUAUGGAAGCAUUACCCUGUCCAAGGAUCACAUCAGCACCAUCAAGUUCUAUGAUCCGGACUCCGGUGCUGUGGCAUCUCUGCUUGUGGAGUAUAAGAGCAGCCUGCUCCCCCACCUUCCGUUCCCUCUCCACAGCGCUGACCAUUGUCUGGUCUUUGCUCUUCAGCCCAGGUCUAAGAGCCACAGGGCCUUCUAUUCCAAGGUUUUGUCAGUGUGGCAGAACUCUGAAUCUGGACUCACUCUGCAAUUGGUGGACCAAAAGCACCUGACCUGGAACCAGAAAAACAUGCACACCAGACUGCAGAAGCUGCAUGACAGUCAGGAGCCACCAGUGGCCAAACGCAGAGGCAGCCUGAAGACUUCGUACUCCCAGCUGCCAGAGCAGGACAUGUUUCUUCAGCACUUUGCCUUGAGUAGCAUCGGUCAGGAGCCCAUUCUGUAUGACCACCUGGGGGUGCUCUUCCCCUCUGCAGAGCUGAGGAAUCCAGUCAACAGUCAGGGAGACAAGGUUGUCGUUACCAUCAUCACUGGAUUACCAGGAAGCCAUAAGAAGAGACUCUGCAACUUCCUGGUCCAGUUGAACAAGGAACAUGGAAGGUGGGUGGUGUACAAGCCUGACAGCUUCUCAGCCUCUCACCUGCAGCAGUAUUUGUCCAGCUUCCUGGAGAGCCAGAGAGGCCCUGGAGGCAAACCCCGUCUGUUGGUGCUCUCACCUGGAUACACAGAUGUUCUGGAUGUGGUCCAGGCUGUGCUGUUCCACCCUGACCCAGUUGUCCAAGCGUGUUUCACCAUCGGCGCUGUCGCUGCCUGUGUGGACCCCCUCGCCUCCUGCGUGGAGCACAGGUUUGCAUUUCCUAAGCUGUUGGAGCAGUGCAGCCAAGGUAUUGUGAGUACAGUGGUGUUCACCGGGCUGACAGCAGAGCAGAAGCACCCUCUCAUGCAGCAUGUUCAGCAGUUGGUACGCUCUGCCAACCCCACCGCAGCCUUCAUACUGGCAGAGAGAGGAGCUGUCACCAGGAAUGAAGAUGUGAAUCUGAUAUUUUCUGAAAGCAGCUUCUAUGAGCCACAGAUGCUGAGAGCACGUUAUGUCCUCUACCCCGGAUGGUGCAAAGGGCGCUUCUUCUCCGGUUCUGGGUCUCUGGUCCUCACCCAGCAGCGCGUGGCUUUCAGCCGGCCCCUAGAGAGGCCUCUAUUUGUCACCCGCUGUAAAGCAUUCAAGUCAUCACUAAGGCCAAGCCCCUUCCGAGGAAAUGUGUACAAUGUUUGGGGAAAAGUCAGAUUUUCUGACUCAGACCGACUGAUGGAGGUGAGCUACAACACAGCGAGCGGCAGCCUGAGCAUUGUCCCGGACCAGAGCACUGACCCUCUGACCCCGGGCCCCAAAGAGACCAGCACGCCCUGCUUCCUGGUCUUUGAUGGUGUUGGCCUCACAGAGGAUGGCCUGAAGGACUGGCUCAGACUGUGUGCCAAGCAGAGGCAGACAAAGAAGCUCAAGAUGACAAAAAAUUCGCUUUCACCACAACAAAUCAAGAGCAUACAUAUGACCAGGCACCUGGACCCCCUACCACAAGGCUUCUUCUACAACGGCUAUCAAUAUGUUGACAUCUUUGGAGAAAAAAUUAACUUCCAUCCCUACAUGGAGGAGUUUAUCAAAGACUACCUCUCCGAGGCCAACAAAGAGGUUGAGCUAUUCAACCGUCAGCUGGAGCUGCAGGGGCAGCCCGACCUGUUUGAUCCGUGAUAGAAUCUGUCUGUAUGUCCGCUGCCUCCAUCUGUCUUAUUUAACUCUAAGGGAACCACAGUGGGGAGGGACAGGGAGGGCACAGGGCUUAUGUACCGAACACUCCACUAGAAUGGUCAAUGUGUGCUCGCACCACAUGCAUCUGCGGACGCUGCUGCUAGAAGUCCGUCCAUUAUCUACGUACUAUGUCACUUUGUUUCCUAAUUUGGUGGCAUGAACCGGUUGAGUGCAGACGAGCUUUUAAACAAUGACAUCACCCAUCAAAACCAGUUAUGGCAUGGCUGUUUGCCUUACUCCCCACUGCAACACCACCAACUGUACACUUAGCACUGUGGCGUGUCAGUCAGGCAUCAUAUUAAUCAAAUGAAAGUGAGAAAUUGAUGUGGUCCCUUGUGUUAAUUCAAAUUAAGACAUGUUUGUCAAGAGAGGAGAGUUGCUCACAGACGAAUCUGAAACAUAACGCAACACAAGACUCCAUCUUUAAACCGAUGCGAUUACGCCACUAAGCCUGCGAGCUAUGAGACUUUCACAAUCGAAGGGAAUUUCCGACCGCGCACUCCUACCGCUUGUGCGUUUCUGUUUAUCACAGUUGGCAAAUUAAUGCCUCUAUUUCUGGACAGGCAUGGAUAGCCGUGUGAUUCUGGUGGGCUCCCUGGUGGGGUUUCUCAAGAAUCGCUCCUCCUCUGUUGUCACCCAAUCCGUGGCCCACCUGUUAUCUUGUCUGCGUGCCACGCUGCAGCAGAGGGAGCGUUUGGCCAUUGAGCUGUAAACAUUGGACAGGCUGCUGGCUGCAGACAACUGAUGAAUGAUGCCAUUAAUCACAUAGCUAAACGCCAUCCCAGUGCUUUAUUUUAAGACUCCUAAAGUGAAUCUAAUGAAAGUGCAAUAAAGCAGACUUCAGUCCUUGCAGGAAAGUGUUGUAUUUAUAAAACAGGCCGAGGCCGUCAAGAAACACAUUGACACCCAACAGAAAUUUCUCAUUCUGUUUUUUUUAUAAUGCUGCUAGUUAACAGUGAGAAACCAGGUCGACAUAAAGUUAAGCUAAGCCUCACUGCAGCCAGGUGUGGAUCACGCAUUUCAUCAUUUUAGUCAAAAUGUUCAUUUGUUAAAACAUUCCCACGUUUUGUUUUGGGUAGGACAAGGGGAAAAUAAUCUGGGAAAACCUAGGUUUGGUUAGGUUUGGGUAAACAUGAGUAGAGCCUUUAGUGAAAGGUGUAAGGCUUUGUAUCAGCGGUGUGAUGUCGCAGAGAAUCAGACUUCUCGCCCUGUUUAAAUGAGUAGUUACGCUACUGUUUGCUCUGCGUUCGUGUGUCACACUAAUGUUCUAUGCAUGUCUUCCUCUUAUCAGGGUUCCUACACUAGCUAGUCAGUAACUUCUGUGGAAAACCUGCGUUGUUGUCAUUUGUGCAGCAGCAUAUUUGGGUCCUAUGAGACCCACUUAAAUUAUUAAUUGUGAUAUCUAACCAAACAAGCAUUUCAAAGUGGAAUUUAGAAGUUGAAAAUGUGUAGGAACCCUGCUACAAUCUGUGGAGAUUUGAUGGCUUUCACUCACUAUGGGGUCAGCAGUGUAACAUGCAGACUAAUUAACAAUCUUUGGGUCAAGUGGCGCCAAGUUUGUCUUGUUGUGAAUUGAUACGGAACAUUUAAGUGCACAUAGAAGUGUGCACAUACUGCUGCUACUACAAUGUUACUAUAUAUUGCAUUUGUACCAAAAGAAAUGGCCUGUAUUCACUAAUGAGUAGAUUCUUCUGAGAUGUCAGAUAAGAGAGGAAGGGUGUUUUUGCUAAGAGAAUAUAAUCUAAUUCCUUAGCAGAGGGGGGGAAAUGCUCGCUAUUAGGUUCUUAUCCGAGGUAUUUUUAGAUCAGUGGUGACCUUAGUGUAUUUUGGGUCAUGUUUUUACAUGUCUGUCUGUCAGCGCUGUCAACAGCCAGUAAAAAGAAUCAGUAAUUUAGUUUCCAGCUGGCAGACAAAAGAAAAAGUGAUAACAUCAUUAGUGAGUUAUUUCCCCCCCAGAUGACCCGUGAGAAUCUGUGCAGAUUCAAAUAAUCCUGAAUCUGAACUCAGCCCGACACUGCUGGCCCCAUCCGUCCUCUCAGUACUUUGAUCUGAACGAGCCAUACCACCUUAUGCUAGAUGUGCCACUGUCUUUUUAGAAGAAGAAUAGAAUAGCACAUAGCAAUGAAGUAUGCCUCUAACAUGUAUUUACCCUGGCAUGUUCCAGCCAGCAAAAGAGGGGUUUCACAUGGAGAGGAGGAGCUCACCCCAAGUUACUCCAUUCCAUUAACUCCUCUCUUACACUCCUUCUCUCUUACUCUAUAAAAGAAGUGCAAUUGUACCUUGUGUUUUUUAUAUAUUGUACUUACAGUACCCUCAAAUAGCUCUUUAAGGACAAAGCCGAGGAAACAAAUGAGCUGCUAAAUUCCCAGUCUCUCACAGCUUGUGUUCUGUGGUCUGCUGCUUUGAGUGCUUGUAGCUCACAUAACACCGUAAAGGGUCUUAACAACAAGCGAAGGGUUUUGUUGCAAAAUGAGAUGAAAAAAAAAGCUUUACCUCUGCUUACAAAUAACAACGUAAAGCAAACAGAUUACUGUGCUUUUUAAGAAAAAAAGUGGAGCACAAUAAUAUGGAACAUAAAUCCUUUGCUGACAAAUAAGUGUUGUUUAAGCUGGAUCCUCUUGUUUAACGUUUCAGGGAUGCACUCUCAAAGCAGUCGGUUUUAGGAAGAGUUGCUGUCAUUCUGUAGUUACGUAAUACUGCAGAGAGUUACCUUGAUUGACAGUGAAAUAGUUGUGAGAAGCUGAUGUAUGGGAGACUGAAGGUUCCACAACUUUGAAACCUGCUCCACAUGUCAAAGAGCAGACAGAAAGUGAAACGAAUUGGCCAAGAGAUCAAAAAAAGGUAGUCCUUGAAGAGCUGAGGGUUAUGUAAGAUGUUUGUGAUAUUUAAAUCAAAUUUACCACUAACGCAUAUACACGACUACGAGUACGUCUACACUAUUUUGCAUGUGUUGAGAUGUCAUGUGAGUAUGAUGCCGCAUAUAUUCUAGACAGAAUUGCCUUUCACCAAACUGGUACAACAAAGAGAAAAUAAUCACAUUUAUUUUACUGCUAAGAAUUUGAAUUACCUCGAAAACGACAAAUAGUAUUUUUGUAAGACUGUGAAUUGAGCAUUCUCGAUGCAAGCAAAAUGUCUCCUCGCACAAGCUACAAAAAAAGCAAAAGCAGAUGCAAUUUUUUUUUUGUAGAAACAAAAAAAAAAAGUGAAAGAGAAUCUGAUCGGUUGU